GCACAAGUCAUCAUACUUUUCUCUUCACAAUCAAUCUUUUACUAGUAAACCUCCGAUCACUUUCAAACAUGAUUUUGUUUUCGUUUUUCAAACAAAAAUUUGUACUUUAAUGGAGGUUUCGCCAUCAGAGACGAUUUUCUUGCAUUGAUUAUUCAUCUUCUGAGCUGGGUGGGAAGUGUUAAAAAACUUAAUACAGUUUGAAAUUGUUCUAUGGGGUCUGUUUGCUGCUGCUGUUUGCGUGAUGAAUGUGAAGAUUAUGCUAAUCUAAAUAGUACAGUCUAUAGGAACUGUAUAUGUCUACGUUCCUUACUGGAGAACUUCUUACAUAUGUAUUCAUCGAUAUUUCAUAGAGAGGAAGAACACACAACUUCAUCAUCAGUUCAGGGGACUUAUCCAUCAUCACUGGAUGAUUCCUUUAUGAGUAUGUAUCGAUCUCCUCCAAGGCCAUUGCCAUAUGAUGCUGAUCCUAGAUGCUUUCGUCUGCAACGAGAUGGACUCAUAUUGAGGCGGGAGAAAGGAUCAAGCCAUGCAUCGGAGGAAACAGAACCAUUUAACACCGAUGCAGUGAAUUCAGCAAACAAAUGGAAUGAGUGUGGUUGUGAAGAAGGAUCUAAAGAGUACAGUUCCAGGAAUUCAGUGAAGCUCUCUUCUGAAGAAAAAAUGGUGGCUGGAUAUGCCCAUAUUUAUUCGAAUUCUGAUGAGGAAGAUGUUUGCCCAACAUGUCUAGAAGAAUAUAUCAUUGAAAAUCCUAAGAUAGUUACCAAAUGCUCACACCAUUUCCACCUUGGUUGCAUUUAUGAAUGGAUGGAAAGAAAUGAGAACUGUCCAGUUUGCGGGAAGAUGAUGGAGUUCGAUGAGACGGCGUGACCUUGCCCAGAAUGGUCCUGUUGUCGAUGAAACGUGCUACGAUCCUGCAAUUUACAAAGUAACAAAAGAAGAAGAAGAUGCAAUUGACUGUUAGGAAGAAAGUAGAGAAUUAAAUGCAAAUGUACAGUCUUUGUGGAUACUUACCUUUUUAUUUCUUUUGUGUAAAAACUAUGUUUUCACCUUAAUUUUAUUUACCACAUUUUCUCAUUAUU